ACCAAUUGUUAGAUUGUUGUUUUGAUUCCACAAAAAAGUAUUUUACGAAUUAACAUAUUUUGUGAAAAAUUAUUAAAAUAAAAAUACUACUCUCCAAAAUAUUAGUGCACUCAAAAGCAAUAAUUUGGGAUAGUUGAAAAUUCUAACUGAAAUACAUACAAAAUGGAGCAACUGUCAGGUGUUAUGAUUAUCAUCAUAAUUGGUGGCGGGGUGUUGACUUUUGUAAUGUUGUUUAUUUUCGCAAAACGACAAAUUAUGCGAUUUACAUUAAGAAGUCGACGCGGACCACAUGUGCCAGUGGGCAAUGAUGCAAAGAAGACACUUCGCAGGGAGAUUGAACGACGUUUAGAUUGCAUACAGAAAAUUGCACAAGAACCAAGACUAUUAUGGGCUGAUGACAAGUAUAUAGUGCGUCCGGAUCAGCCAUUACCGCCGUAUUAUUAUCGCAUGAAAGCUGUGGAUGAUGUGAAAAUUUUGGAAACUGAAAUAAUGCGCAGUGAUGGUAGUAUGCGUCAUCCGUAUGAUAGCUUACGCGCUUUCCUGUUGACAACACUUGCCGCAACAACACUCAAUGGCUCGGGCCAGCAACGUAUGAUACAUCAAUUUUGUGAUAUGUACGAGCAUGCACGACACGAUCCUAAUGAGUUUGGUAGUGAGGAGUAUGAAUCAUAUCAUCGUUUACUACUUAAACUAAUUGAGGCCGCGAAGCAGCUAAAAUCCUUGAUCAGCUCACGCAAAACAUCACCGGCACGCACGCCUAAAAAGCAAACUAAAAUGCAUUCACUACUUGAUCCGGCACGUUUACGACCACCUACAACAACACCUAAAUUACCCACUAAUACCGGUUCAUCUCUUGGUCAACAAUCGAAAGUGAACUUAACUUUAGGUCUCCAUGGACGUGAUAUGGAAGCUAUUGAUAUAGCGCCUAACCCAUUGCAUUUGCAACCACCAGCUGAACGUGACAUUAUAAUACGUAAUCGCAUUAAAACACCAACAUUGGACGAUCAUGAUGACGAUGUUGAUGGAACUGAGAGCCUAGGCGGUGGCGACGGCGGCAGCAAUGCUGCCGUACAUAUUGAAGAUAUUGACGGUGAAGAUAAUGAAAUCAUGAGCAUUUCCUCGGUACAGUUUCAACCUAAUUCAAGUGUUGUUUGAUUGAUUGAGUAUGCGGCGCGUGCACGCCACUUAACGAGUGCAUUGAGACGCCUGCUACCAAAAUGAAAAGCCAGUAAGCAUAAAUCUGUUAACUUGGACUUUUAAUUUUUCUGGACUGAAAAGGGUAGUUUAUGGAAAGCGGAACAACAAUUCAUUGACUUCAAGCAAAGUUUUAAUUACUUUCGAAAAUAUUUCGAUGUAAACAUAAAGUUAGGCUAAUAUUUACAUAUUUAAUAUUUAAAUACUAAUUAUGCAUGCGUAUAGUAUAAUCCUUGAAUAAUUUCGCUAAAUAAGUGUUUAAUGCUAAGACUUGCAUAGCUAAUACUAAAGAUAUUCGAUUAGUGGUAGAAAAUAUAAUUAAAUUUAUCUCAUAUAUAUACAUAAUUACA